AUAUUUGAGCCAGUCCUUGGGGUUGAUUUGAAGUUAACAGCAGAGGAGAUUGAGAGUGGUCUUGUUAAGCCUAAUAAAUCACUUGCUCAGCUUCACGUUAAGCUAUUAAAGGUGGAAAUCAAAGACACGGAUCGCGACAAGAGAUAACCACAGCUCUUGCUUUGUGGAACCUGCAUGUGGGGGCUCACAAAUUUGAUGGCUAUGAUUAUUUUUUCUCUCCUGUCGAAAGUGUGUUUUUAUGCGUUGUUAUUUCUAGUUUAAAUGAUAUGUGUUGUGUUUUCUUGUAUUACUGGAUUUGAUGCAUCAAGGAAGCUGUACUGAUUUUUAGAGUUGAAAAUCAUGCGUAUGGAUGAUGAAAGGUAAUUGAUUCAUAUAAGAUGCUGUAGAAAGCGAGAGAAUAAUGCUACAUGACAUGAAAGUAGUCACAUGGAACCAAUCCUACUUGAACGGAUGCAGCGCCAUUGGAUGCGUGGGACACACCUUUGGGUCCCAGCGGAGACCAAAAAUCCAAUGGCUAUGGACCUUCUGCGAAGGGAUCAGUGUCGUUAGUUUGUGUGUAUAACACUUUGCAAAGCGAGAAGGAAUAGCUUUGCCCUCAUGUAGUUCAUGUUCAAUGUUCUUCAAUUUCCUUGGAAAUUUUUCAAAGUGGAUAAUAUCUUUAUAAGUUUUUAUGAAUGUGGAAUUUUCAACAGGGGAUACCACCUGUGAGUAAAAAACUGAAAGCAUCUGAUGCAUGGGUGACUGCACUUUGUAAGAAACUAGCCACGUGGUGGCCAUGGGUUGCUGAAGGCGAGUUACCACUGAAGGAAGCCAAAGGAGGGGAGAUAUCUGAAUACAAGGAACUAGAUCCAACUAAUAGAUUGCUGAUUUUGAAAGCACUCUGUGAAAUCAGAGCUGAACAAGAUGAUAUUGCAUCAUAUGUUAAUACUUCCUUGAAAGAUGGAACUGAAAUUUCUUUUUUCCGGAAAGAUAAGGUUGGGGGAGAUGGAACUGCAAUCUCUUACUGGUAUGAUGGAAGUUCUACCAUUGGCCAUAGAUUAUACAAGGAAGUAAACAUGACCAGGGCUAAUAAUAGAAUGAAGGGUAAAGCAUCAAAAAAUCUGCCAGCUACCUGCUUGCAAUGGGAAAUACUUGCAACCAAUCUCGAGGGAUUUCAGAAAGUUGUGAAUGAACUCUCUUCUAGCAAAGUUGUGGCAGAUGUUGCAGCUGGCAAGACUAUUGAAACUGAUGUCCUGCCUAUUAUUCAAAAAUUUCAGAAGAAGAAAGAUAGGGCCCUCAAACAAAAAGAAAGGCAAGAAGAGCUCCUGAACGGUUUUAGAUCCUACACUGCUGGGAUUACUCGUUCCUGCCGCAGUCGCAGACCUAUCAGUUAUACAUUUGAUGAUUAUGACCGUGCGAUUGAUGAGGCUAUAAAAAUAACAAAGAAAAGGAACACAAUUGAAGAGGAGAGCAAUGACAGGAAACAUGUUAAGCAGGAAAUUACUUCUAAUGGGGGUUCAAACAUGGGCAUAAAUUCAACAGAAAGUCUUGGUGAAAAAGGUGAUUCAGACAUGAGUGCAGACUCCAAAGGUACUAUUGAAAAGGGAAACUUCUCGGAUAGUGAAGAAAGUGGCAAGCUUGAUGAAGCAGGUAAUGAUGAUGAUGACAGCGAUGAUGAUUAUGAUGACAAAAUGGAUUAUGAUAACGGGAAUAGAUCUGGCAAAUCUGAUGAAGAAAAUGAAACUUUUGGUGGCAAGAACAUUGCUCGGAAGUUUGGUUCUCGUUGGAGUUCAAGACUUGCUGGAGUUGCAAGCCAUCCUGUUGUGGAAGCUGGAAACUUUGGCACAAAGAAUAGGUUGAGGCAAAGACCCAUGCGUAACUCUGCCCUGGACUCUAUUAAUGUGCUUGAUUCAGAUGAUGAAACUUCAUCAAAACAUAGCGACAGCGAGAUAUCUGGACAUGAAGAUUUGUCUCCAGUUUGUAAUUCAGAAGGGGCGAGUGACAGUUUGUAAACCUGUUUGUGCAAGUGAUUAUCCUUGAGAAUUUUGCUGGGAGGAGAUAUCGAUGCAGAAACAUAUCUUGAAGCAAGUUUUGAAAAUGUGCCAAUCCCUGUUAUUCCGUCUAGGAAUCCAAACUCUAAUCUGCACCCCCUGCCCUGUGCUUUCUGAGAUCCUGAUUUGUUAGGAUUUAUAGAGAGAAAGAUGUCCUGUACAGAGUUGUAAAGCUACCACUAAGUAGGCACCGACGGAUUUACAUCUUUUGUUUGCUCUGUUUAAAUGGAAUUCCUCCCUAGCAUGGAAGAAUCAUAUGUAUAAUUAAUUUAUUAAAGGCUUGUAAAAGAGGUUGUCAGAUAAUUGGAAACAUGGGAUUUCGCUAA